AACUUUUUAGCUACAUUUUCCCCGUUAGUUUUCUUGCUACACUUCUGAAUCCCGAUUAAGUCUACCGGCAUCUCCAGAGGGUUCAUGAUAAACGCAUUUUCCUUCAAAGAGGCAUAAUGGCCUUGAACCCUCUGAAAUUGAUCUUUCCAAGUGUCUCUUCUAUGUCUGACUCUUGUCCGACUGAGCCUUGGUAUGUCCGUCGUCUCGAAAAUAUAUGCCCUACGCUGGCGAAAUAUGUCCGGAUUUUUCUGAAGGCAAAGUGUAUCCAAGAUUUCGACAAUCAGGCUUUGCAUUCGCCGAUUCCUUUCCAACUCCUGGUGCUGGGCACCGGAGUCGGGCUGGUCUUCUCCUUCCUUGCAGUGCUCUCAUUGCGGGGGGACAAGAAGAAAGUGAGUCCUAGCGACGCUAGACCUCAGAGGAUGGAAACCGCAAAAGUCAUCUCUGAAAAGGGAAAUGCUGAUCAGCAGGUCUCUGAAAAGGAGAAUGCUGACCAGCAGGUCUCUGAAAAGGAGAAUGCUGACCAGCAGGUCUCUGAAAAGGAGAAUGCUGACCAGCAGGUCUCUGAAAAGGAGAAUGUUGACCAGCAGGUCUCUGAAAAGGAGAAUGUUGACCAGCAGGUCUCUGAAAAGGAGAAUGCUGACCAGCAGGUCUCUGAAAAGGAGAAUGCUGACCAGCAGGUCUCUGAAAAGGAGAAUGCUGACCAAUAGGUCUCUGAAAAGGAGAAUGCUCACCAGCAGGUCUCUGAAAAGGAGAAUGUUGAUCAGCAGGUCGCCGAGACCCCUAAACCAAAA